AUGGUUUUUAGAUUUUUGGCUACUGGAGAUACAUUUGUCACAAUUGCAUUCAGUUAUAGAGUAGGAGAAAAAUCUGUACGAAGAAUAAUAUAUGAAACUUGUGAAGCAAUUUGGAAGAACCUUUCACCAAUUUACAUGAGUCCACCCAACCAAGAACAAUGGCAGAAAAUUGAAGAAGGGUUUAGAACUAGAUGGAACUUUCCAAAUUGUGUUGGUUCUAUUGACGGUAAACAUGUGGUCAUAAAUAAACCAUAUCAUAGUGGCUCCUUAUACUUCAACUAUAAAAAAAUGUGUAGCUUGGUGCUCAUGGCAGUUGUUGACGCUGAAUGCAAGUUUAUUAUGGUUGAUGUUGGAGGAUACGGUAAAAACAGCGAUGGGAGUAUUUUUGCCAAUUCUAACUUCGGUGAAAGACUUCGAGAAGAAAAAUUAGAUUUUCCUAAUGAUAAGUCAUUACCAGGUACUGAAGAACCUAUGCCUCAUGUCAUUGUAGGGGAUGAGGCAUUUCCUCUUCAUAAAAACUUAAUGAGACCUUAUCCUGUAAUGCACUUUUAA